AUGGCAACCUUCAACGACCUGCCCAUCGAGCUCGUCCGCCGCAUCUGGUCGUUCCUUGCGCGCGACCGAGCCGGCAAGCGUCACCUGUGCACCGCCGUCGUGCCCGACGUCCGCCGUCACAACUUUCGCUCGACUUUCAUCUCUUCGGCAGAGCGCCUGCACACCUUUGCGAGCCUGGUCAGCCGGCCCGACCCGCUCUCAUGGUGGUUCGUCGGCAUCAAGGGCGUCGCCGAGAGCGUGCGCGACCUCGAGCUGUACCACAUCGGGGUCCCGAGCCGAACCAAGGACGCAGUCGCGUCAGAAAGGAUCUUUGCGUCGAUGGCGUUGAUCUUGCGCCGCUGUCGCGGCCUCGAGCGCCUUUUCUGUCACGGCCCGAGCGCCAUGCCCGUCCUCCUGUCGUCUCUGCCAGCCCCGCCGCUCGACCUCCUCAAGCUCAAGGAGAUCUCGCUCUACGAGUUCGGGACAUAUUCAGAAACGUCCCCGUCGUACGGUCACUUCGCCCGUCUGCGUCGAUUCCCUGCUCUGCGCGAUCUCGUCAUCGACUGCAUGUGGCACGAGGGCGAAGCAUUCGGCGCGGUCCAGACGUACCGACCGCCCGUGACUGGGCCGUCGCCUGUCACCAACCUGUCGCUGUCCGCCGGCGAGAGCCUCACGACGCCGGCGGCUGCCGUCUUCAUCGCCGACUUUGCGCAGUUGACCCGCCUCGAGAUCACUCUCCGCGGCGGCGUCGACCUCGGGUCGUUGCUCCAGGCGUGCCCAGUCGCACUCAAGGUCCUCACGAUCCACUACUGCGAAGAGCUGCUCGAGGGCGAGGAAGAGGUCGAUCCGGUCAACGUCGAGGCCGACCUCGCGCGCUUCGUCCACCUCCGGGAGCUCACGCUCGGCAAGGGCACGUUCUCGCCGACGUGCGAGCUGUUCCCCAUCCUCUCGUCGCACGAAGCUCGCCUGCGCACCCUCACCCUCGAGCCGGGCACCACUCUCGUCGCCGACAAGCUCCGCAACUUCGUCUUCGCGCGAGGCGGUCCGUCUCGCCAACUCGAGUACCUCGUUCUCGACUCGGUCAGCUUCUAUUCGUACCCGCGUCCCUCCCUGUUCCCCAACCGCCGCGACGUCAUCGACGGCACGUUCCGCUUCGAGCGCCGAUGGAUCCUGCCCCAGUGGACCCGCCGUUUCGGCCUCGGCGACGCGCGCGCCGUCAUGGCCGCCGCCAACCGCGUCGGCGUACGGCUCGAGGGCACGGUCGUCGAGGCGGUCGAGUACGACGCGGUGCGCGCGAGCGAGGAGGCGUACCUGCAGACGCGCCGGGACGAGUCCCUGUACUCGCUGCGGACGUUGUUCAAGGAGGUCGAGGGCUGA